GUGAGUGUGUUGGUCCCUAUCAGUUACCUGGCGUUCUGGGCGGUGCUGCUGGGGUUCAGCCUGUACUCGGAGCCUGUGGUGUGUGGCAUGGGGAUCGUCAUCAUGCUCACCGGGGUACCCGUCUACUUCGUCGGGGUCCACUGGAAGAACAAGCCCAGAUGUGUCUACAGGGUCGUGGAGUGUGUGACCUACGUGGGUCAGAAGCUGUGUUUCGUGGUGUUCCCCCAAGAAGACCUGUCAGAGAUCACCCCCCUCACAUCCUCGGAUAAACACAUCGACUGAACGAGCCCCCCCCUCACAGCCUCGGAUAAACACAUCGACUGAAAGAGCACCCCCUCACAGCCUCGGAUAAACACAAUGACUGAACGAGCCCCCCCUCACAGCCUCGGAUAAACACAUCGACUGAACGAGCCCCCCCUUACAGCCUUGGAUAAACACAUCGACUGAACGAGCCCCCCUCACAGCCUCGGAUAAACACAUCGACUGAAAGAGCACCCCCUCACAGCCUCGGAUAAACACAAUGACUGAACGAGCCCCCUC